GCAAUUUCUAAUUGUGGCAAAUAAUUCUGUGACUAUUGCAAAUAAAAACGUGCACCGUUGGCUUAAAAGCAAUGUAAAUUUAGACUCGAACCGCUACAGCGGAAAAUAGUUUUUAUCGCAAUUUUCUGGAAAAACUGUAGCUGUCGAUAGGAGUAGGUUUGGAAAACAAAAAAACUUGGAAAACAAAAAAACUAAAUUAAUUUAUUAAUCGGAGGAAAAAGUAGCAACGUGUACUUGGUGGAGUAGCGGAUUAAUUUUGUUGGCUAAAGAUAAAACCAAAAGGAAGUUAAAAAUUUCAUCAACCACAUCGACGGAGUGAAAGUGUCCUACGAAAAUGAAUCCAGCAGGCCCCAAUUACCAAAUGGCGUCUCUGUACGUUGGCGAUCUGCACGGGGACAUCACCGAAGCUAUGUUAUUUGAGAAAUUCUCAUCCGCGGGCCCCGUUCUGUCCAUUCGUGUUUGCCGAGACGUGGUCACCCGCCGAUCCCUGGGAUAUGCCUACGUCAACUUCCAGCAACCAGCAGACGCUGAACGUGCCCUCGAUACGAUGAACUUUGAUUUGAUCAAAGGACGUCCGAUCAGAAUAAUGUGGUCACAGCGGGAUCCGUCCCUGCGUAAAUCGGGCGUUGGCAAUGUGUUCAUCAAGAACCUGGACAAGAAUAUUGACAACAAAGCUAUGUACGAUACAUUCUCGGCCUUCGGUAACAUCCUUAGCUGUAAGGUUGCCCAGGAUGAGAAGGGAAAUUCCAAAGGAUACGGAUUCGUGCACUUUGAAACAGAAGAGUCUGCCAACACUUCGAUCGAGAAAGUCAACGGCAUGUUGCUAAACGCUAAGAAAGUCUUCGUUGGCCGCUUUAUCCCACGCAAGGAACGCGAGAAGGAGCUCGGAGAGAAGGCCAAACUGUUCACCAACGUUUACGUUAAGAACUUUGGCGAUGAAUUGAGCGACGAAACAUUGAAGGAUAUGUUUGAGAAAUACGGUACGAUUACGAGUCACCGUGUGAUGACCAAGGACGGAAAGAGUCGUGGUUUCGGAUUUGUUGCUUUCGAAAAUCCAGAAGCAGCUGAACAUGCCGUUCAAGAACUGAACACCAAGGAAUUGGGCGAUGGAAAAGUAUUGUAUGUUGGACGAGCUCAGAAGAAGAAUGAACGGCAAAUGGAGCUCAAACGUCGUUUCGAGCAACUGAAGCUCGAACGUCUAACCCGUUAUCAAGGUGUCAAUUUGUACGUCAAAAAUUUAGAUGAUACAAUUGAUGAUGAACGUUUGCGUAAGGAGUUCGCUCCUUUCGGUACAAUUACAUCGGCCAAGGUCAUGUUGGAGGAAGGAAGAUCCAAAGGAUUUGGAUUUGUUUGUUUCUCUGCUGCCGAGGAAGCUACGAAGGCUGUCACUGAGAUGAAUGGCCGUAUUGUUGGUACCAAGCCGUUGUAUGUUGCCCUGGCUCAGCGCAAGGAAGAUCGUAAGGCUCAUUUGGCCUCACAAUACAUGCAGCGCAUGGCCAAUAUGCGUAUGCAGCAUAUGGGACAAAUCUUCCAACCUGGAAGCAACGGAGGAUAUUAUGUACCUACAAUCCCACAACAACCACGAUUCUUUGGCAAACAGGUUAGCCAGAUUCGUACAACCCCAGGAUGGUUCCGUGCUAAUGCGGCUAAUCAAACUGCUGUUGCGGCCAAUGCUGCUGGUGGUGCUUAUCCAGCCAUGGCUGCUGCAUCUGCUAAUGCUGGAAAUCAAUAUCGCCAGGCCGGAAACGUUCGUGCUGCCCAGCAACAAGCUCCAAAUGCACAAGCAGCAGCAGCCUCCGCUAUGCGCAACCCAGCUCGUCCGAUUACUGGUCAACAAGGUGGAGCUAACAUGCAAACUCGUCCAGUGGCUCCGCAAAUGGCAUCCAAUCAACCACGUACAACCAACUACAAGUACACACAGAACAUGCGUAACCCGCCAGCUCCACAAGGCGCUAUUCCUCCUCAACCCGUGCCCCAACAAGCCGUCCACGUUAAAGGACAAGAACCGCUCACUGCUACUAUGUUGGCUGCUGCUCAACCGGCUGAGCAGAAACAGAUGUUAGGUGAACGUUUGUUCCCGUUGAUUGAGCCGAUGUAUCCUUCGAUCGCCGGUAAAAUUACUGGAAUGUUGCUCGAGAUUGACAACUCUGAGCUGGUUCACAUGUUGGAACACAGCGAGGCCUUGAAGGCCAAGGUUGACGAAGCAGUUGCUGUACUGCAUGCUCACCAGCAAAAGAAUCAACCGCAGUAAAUAGGAAAUUAUCCUAUAAUUCUAAAAAUUGGUUAGAUGCGACUUAUUUGAAUUAUAACUUUCAUGAGGGCUUAUGUUUACUAUCAAUCAAGUAUGCUUCUUUGGAGGCCUCACAAGCUAAGCUACCAGCUAAAUUUUUUUUCUUUUGAAGGAUUGGUCCCCUCAUUGAUUCAUUUCUAAAUUAUCUUUUACUCAACGACGAAUGACGAAAAUUACAGAAGAGAACUGAUUGAAGAGUAAAUCUCUAUAUUGAAUAAAAUUAAACUUUUUGUGCUGUUGAUUAGCAUAAAAUCAACUUUCUUGCAACUAUUGAUUCAAAAACGAGGUACAUCAAGCUUAUUCAACUAAAUUUCAUCAGCAUUUCGUGAAGGUGACCUUGCGGGAUAACUUUUGAAGUAGAAGAUGUUAAUUCAACGCAAAAUAUGUAUGAUUGAAUCUUAUUCUUGUAGUCGCACUAAUGAAGAAUUAAACAAAAUAAAAUACUAUUACUGUUGGCGAAACAGCUGGGUUGAAAUUUAAAACAUUAGGCUCUAUUUCUUUUUGCUUUUUACGCAUUAUUUGAUUUUUUUGGUUUUUGGUUAAUGGAAAAAAUAAAAUAAAAAAAUACAAAUAAUACAAAAAAAUAGAAAAGUAUAAAACCAGUAAAAAUGCAACAUUAUAUAUAAUAAACAUAAAAAAACAAAAAAAAUGGAAAAAUGAUUAUCAUCAGUAGCGUUGCAGCACAUAGGCUUAGUUUACUGCAACUAAGUUUAUUUGCCAGACUACGCUUUCGAGGUAAUCCUCAAUGAAAAUGAAUACACGAUAUAAAAUCAUAUUUCAAAUAAAAAUCAACAAACUAUAAAGGCGCAGAGAGGGUAGAAAAAUUCAAAUUAUGGAUAUUAAACUGAACACAACCGAUGCGACAGUCUCAAAGAAAAAGUAACGAUGAAAAGCUUACAGAAAAAUCAUUAAAAAAAACUGAAAAAUCCAAAUCUGAAAAUCCAGAUAAAAAAUGCUAGCAGGAGAUUGCACCUAAAAACCAAACACUCACAUUGUUUAAUGCCUUUUUUUUCAGUAUAACUACAACAUAUUGUAGCAUCUUUUUGCUUGAAUUUGUAAGCGUUACUAUGCAUAGGCGCAAUUCGUUGCACUGAAAACAAGAUCUUCGGAAGCACAAUAUAUGGCAUGUAGCAUGAGCCCCGAACAACAUCAGGCGGUAAUGUGCAAAUAUUUCGCUCUAUGUAUUUCAACCUUACCAAUUCUUUGAAGUGGAAAGUAAUCUCAUUUACCCUUAGCCUUUGUCGACAUAAAACCCGACACUUAACAACAAAAGCAUUCUGUCUUCAUCAUGAUAAACCCCUCUCUUAAAAAGGCAUGAACUAUUUGAAGAUCAGGAAUGUGAGGUUUUCUUCUUUUUUCCUUUCAUUUCUUCACAGAAAAUUUAAACUAUUUUUACAGAAAAAUACAGUCUAUGAAAUUGACCAACACAUGUUCAGAAAAAAAUCUGUUUUUAAAUACAACAAGUAUAGAAGUUCUCUAUUUCGAUUGAAACAAAAUGCUAAAAUAAUAAUCAUAAUUAUGAUCCAAUAAAUAUGUUGAGUUUUUCCUUUCAAUUUUUCUAAAUUUAAAUAAAAUUUCACUUCCAUAGAA